UUCUAAGGUGUUUAGCAAGAUGGGCAUCCCUCAGAUCAGGAAUCCUGAACUGCCACCAGCCAAUGAGAUGCCAGAGAUUUACCAUGCCCCCAUAGCUCUGAUUGGUUGUGGCCCUGCGUCAAUCAGCUGCGGCUCCUUCCUGGCCCGCCUUGGAUAUGAUAAUAUUACCAUAUUUGAGAAACAGAUGUGGAUUGGAGGGCUGAGCACAGCAGAGAUCCCUCAGUUCCGGCUUCCCUAUGAGGUUGUGAAGUUUGAAAUAGACCUGAUGAAGGAUUUAGGAGUAAAGGUGAUUUGUGAGAAGGGUCUGGGUGUUGAUGGAAUGACUUUGACUUCCCUGAAAGAGGAAGGAUUCAAGGCAGUCUUCAUCGGGAUUG